AGUCGCGCGGGUUUGACUUUUUUUUUGUCAUGCCAGCGCCAGAGGGACAGACAAGACGACUUCAGACUCUUGCUAGGCUAGCACUACUAGGUAGUAGUAGAACGACAGGCCGGCAGAAUAGGUCAUGGCCACAGGUACUGCUGCGUGUGUUGGCUGCGUUUGUUGGUGAUGCCGUCUUCUUCGUCCCUUUCUCUGAAUAUCCGAACGUCAAGCACAGGCGUUCUGCUUGGACUGACAUGCAGGGCCGAACACGAUUGCGUCGCAUCAGCAGCAUCAGCGGCAUCAGUCACAGGUCCAGCCACCGUCGACUAUCCGAGUACAGACCACUUGGACAAGUACCCGUACAGAGCAGAAGAUUCGCAUCGAGAGUCUGUCCAUAGACAGGUGCGGCAACCCGGCGAGGGCGAACGAGGUCGAGGAAGGUCCACCCCUCUCCUACUCGUGGGCUCCCAGCGUACGGCUACGCAGAACGGAGCAUGGUCUGGUCUAUUGUUCCCGUGUCCAGUCCCCUGGUGUCUGGUCCGUACGAAUGCCCCGUACUGUACACCAGACUCAGACUCAGACUCAAACCCGGAGGCCAGUCCAGUAGGUAUCCAUUCGUGUGUGUCCAAACUGCGUAGACAACAGGGACCCUGGCCGGCACAGGCACGCAAGGCAUGGAUGGUGGAAGAUGUCUGGAAUGGACGGUUCGCCCAUCGAGUCGAUCCAGUAGGCAGAGAGAGCAGGCGAGAUGCGCCGAAGCUUGUUAGGUGUCAAUCAUUGCCAGAGCAGGCCAUUGAUGCUCCGGCGGUAGGAGAAGCUGGGUCGGGGGGGUUGAAGCCUGAAGGAGGAACACGGACGCUCUUCCAGGGGACGGUAGGAGAAGUCUAGAGACGAGACUUGAGAUGGGGGGAGGGGACCAGCU